AUGGAAAAAAAUGGAACAAGUGACUUACAAGUUCCUAAGGUUGUCAUGCUCUCUAAUGACUUGAAGAUUAUUUCUAAUAGCAUGCUAGAUGAUAAGAGUGAUGGUCAUAUUACAGAUGUGGAAAACACUACUGAACAACAAAAGGGUGAACAACAAAAGGGGGUGCAAGUUGAUGAUGAUGAAACGGCUGUUACCAAUGGUGUUUUUACUAGUACUUAUAUGCAUAAAAGAAAAGAUAAAGACAUAAACUUCGAGGUGGAAAUGAAAGUUAAUGAUUUGGGGCUUCUAUCUGAGAACCAAGGUGGAAUGAAUGGUAUAGGUUCGAUUGCUAAAUGUUAUACCAUCUUUCCUAGGUCAAGGAAAAGAGAAAAAUCUAGGGUAGAUCAUGGAUUACUUAUUGUUAAUGAUCUCUUAUUGAAAAUGGUGGAGUUAUGGGUUAUUAUAUGGGAGUUUGUAAGUUGA